AUGUCUCACACUCCACCACUGGUCCUUCGAAUCAAGAGAAAAAGAGGGGAAGACCCCUUGCAAGCAUUGAUCUUGGAAGGGAGGCAGCCUUCUAAGAAGUCGAAACCAGCGACUCCAAUCGCAUCGGGGCAACCAUCUCCAUCUGCCGAAACAAGGAAUUGGUAUUUCGAAUUAGACAGUACGGAUGAUUUCAACAAAGAGAAUACUAUUACGGAUUCUCUUCUAACAGAAGCAAGGAACAAUAAAAGAGACGCUCGACAAUUUGUGAUUCCCAAGAAGCAUACCCUAGAGGACUCCAUUAUCCCACAUGAGUUAACUGACAUGGUAGCCGAUUUUUUGAGUAUUAAUGAGACUACCACAAGAAAGAAGCGGAAGUCUGGAAGGGCAGCCGCAGGAGGGCCUCCAUCUACGUCUCAGCCCAAGGAACCCACCACAGAAGAGCCGUCUGGCGAUGUAACUGGAGACUACGUCUUUGACACAUAUAAGCUUUCUGCGCUGGAGCCAUUGACAGAAGCCAAUUACCCUAAAUCACAGAUCGGUUACAUUCGCUUCUUUGAUGACGAGAAUUACGACUUCAUGCAUUCAGAUGAUGAUGUCAAUCUGAACAGAUCGGAUGACGAGGACUCAAAUGCUGAAUCAUUCUAUCAGAACGAUUAUCCUGAAGAUGAGGAUGCGGGAGCACUUAGCGACACGUAUGGAAGCUAUGAUGCAGAUGAAGAAGAACCUGCCGUGGCAGUGUUAGAAACACCUGAGGAGUUUGAAGGUACCAGCCAUCUACUGCGGGGCACCGAGGAGUUCGACAAUCUCUAUGAUGAACUAUUAAAUGACAAUAGUGAACUGUAUGAUCCGGAUGAAACAUUUGAACGGCAGAGAUUUUUUGAAGAUGAAGGAGACAGCGAGUUGGCGAUUCACCGGGACCGGAUAUUUUCACGUUUACAAAAAUGA